AUUCAUCACCAAAGAUCUGAUCCCUCUCUCUCUCUCUUCAAUUGGCACCAUUCUCUCUCUGUCUGUCUCUGUCUAGAGCCAUGACUGAGCCAAUCGAACCUUCCACAUCUUGUUCGAGCACCACCGUGAUUCACCCAAGGCGCGAGCCCUUCGAACACGGUCUCUUGCCCAUUCCCAAGCUCAUCUUCUCCGACCCCACACAAACCCUAAUCCACUUGAAGCACAAGCUUCUCGACUCGUCCUCCAACCAGCGAGUCGACUCAGCCUCCAUCUCCGAGUCACUCCAGAUCUCCACCGACCACGCCACGCUCAUCCUCGACACCCUCGCCUCCGUCCUCCACUCCGACUCCCCCGCCCAAAACGACGCCGUCUCCGCCGACGUGCACGAUCUGGUCCUGUUCCUCUACAUCCAAUCCUACAAGAGAUUGCUCCCCCGGUCCCACCAUAAGGACUCCGCCGCCGUCGCCGACGUUUGGCCUUCCACCUCCGCCUUCGACGGUUACUUGUCGGCCCUCUCGCCGCUGCAGCUUGUGCGCAGCAAUAGUCGGCGUUUUGUGCCAUCGCAGGCUGAUGAAGAGGCACAUCAAUUAUCGUAUCUGCAAAAGCACCUUGCUAACAUUCUAUCUCUUCUAUCGGAGCCCGUGGAAGGCGAAGGAGAAGAAUCUCUGGUUUUAAGUAUGGAUAAAUUCGAGCACCUUGGGUUUCUGGUUCAGUUUGGUGAUAAGGCUGAAGGAAAUUCUUUGAGUCAAGCAUCUCCUUUUUUUGCAAACUCAGAUCCUGACAUGCCUGCCGUUCCUGUUCCUGCCGCGCAAGUUCAUGAUUGGCUUCUGCAGAAUAUAACUUCUGCUUUGGAGCAUAUUUCUGAAAGGACUUCUGCAAAGGAAAAUGGGCCAUCCAGUGCCACUGAUCAGGAUGUUGCUAUGACUGAUGCAUGCACUGCCUCAGUUAAGGUCUCAACAAGUACUAGAGGUCCAAGUUUCAUUGAAGGGAUCUCUAAAUCGUUUUAUGUGAAGCAUGCAUCUGACAUUAAAGGUUCCUCUGUUAAGGUUCUCAAUUGCCAUGAGUCUACCAUCUACAUUUUAGCGCCUUUGAGAUAUGCAACUGUCUAUGGAUGUUCAGAUGCUACAAUAGUUCUAGGAGCCGUUGGCAAGGCUGUGAGAGUAGAACACUGUGAACGGGUUCAUGUGAUUGUGGCAGCAAAACGUAUUUGUAUUGCCAACUGCCGUGAAUGCAUUUUCUUUUUGGGAGUUAACCAACAACCUCUUAUUGUUGGUGAUAACCAUAAACUGCAGGUGGCACCAUAUAAUACAUUUUACCCCCAGUUGGAGGAACAUAUGUAUGAAGUAGGAAUUCUGCCCACAGUGAACAGAUGGGAUGAACCACUGGCAUUGGGCAUGGUUGAUCCUCACGAUUCAUUAUCUCAUCCAGCAGGUGUCUCUGAUGUUCAAGCUGAGUCUGCUACACGGGUGGACCCUGAUCAGUUCACAAAUUUUGUG